ACAGGCGCCCCAUACCGGAAUAAACGCUCUGUCCCAUACCACACAGUUAUUAGAUAGAAACAUCUCCGCCCAAUGCUAACAACAAUGGAGGAGAGGUUAAUAGCAGCGGUGUCCGACUAUCCCGAGUUAUACAAUUCUACAAUAAAUUCAUACAAAGACGUUGCGAGAAAAGCCAAAGCAUGGAGAGCCGUGAGUCUGCAAGUGGAAAUUCCUGCAGUUGCGUGUGCAUCACAUCAUGCAUGUCUUCAGCAGUGUUUGUUGUGUCUGUGUGCAGAAGAGGACUGUCGCAGGAGAUGGAAGAGUCUGCGGGACAUGUUCAUCAAAGACAAGCGUGCAGAGCAGCGCCGACGAGCCUCGGGAACGUCCCACCGCAGCUGGAAGUACAGCUGGCAGAUGUCAUUCCUGACGCCCUUCAUCCAGUCCCGAUCGCUGGCCAGCGACGAGCCCGAGGAGGACCGAGACGAAGAGGACAAGGAGGACGAGAGCCCGGCGGACGGGAACUCUGCGUUCGGCGUACAAGACUUUGAGGGCGAUCACGGGAUGCUGGACACAUCCUCACACUACUCCGCGUCGGGAUCGCAGGGUUCGGGACGCAAGAGGAAGUGGCAGAUGGAGGCCAACGAGGACUUGGAGGACGAGAUGUUCUUGUUUAGUUUACUGCCUUAUCUCAGACGGCUUCCUUACGCCAAGAAGAGCGCCGUCAAAUUAAAAAUUCACCAGCUGUUGUAUGAGGCCGAGUUUAAGUGAUGUUCUAUAGUUUCUUAAUAUUUUUCUAUCGUUUAUUGAAAAUCUAUCCAGUGCAUUUUUUUAACAUUCAUAACAUAUUGUGUCGAUGCCGGUAGAUGUUUGUUUCAUCUGAGAUCAGUGAUUAAACAGACAUGUGCACUAUGAGAGUGAUGUUUGUGUCUGGAG